AUGGCUUUUCUUCGAUGGUAUUUUUGUGCAUGUAUUGCUCUCAGCCUAGGCCUAGCAAAUGCUCAAUUUUAUAAACAAGUCGGCAAUAAGAAGCUCCCUUAUCAAACAUUCACCGUUGAUCAAUCUGGCAAUGCCAAUUUCUCCACCAUUCAAUCAGCUAUAGAUGCUGUUCCUUCCAAUAACAAGUAUUGGACUUGUAUUAGGAUCAAAGCCGGCACCUAUAGAGAGAAGCUCUUAAUCCCAUAUGAUAAGCCAUACAUCAUCCUAAAAGGAGUGGCAAAGACAAAGACAUUGGUCGAAUGGGGAGAUCAUGAUAACCUUGCCCAAAGCCCUACUUUUACAUCUCAAGCAGAUCAUAUCGUGGCAAAAAGCAUAAGCUUCAGGAAUACAUACAACAAUCCAGAUUGGAAUAACCCUAAAAGCCCUAGACAAGCAGCGGUGGCAGCCAUGAUCAGCGGUGAUAAGUCUGUAUUCUAUCGAUGUGGGUUUUAUGGAUUGCAAGACACUUUGUGGGAUGUUCAAGGACGACAUUACUUUAACAAGUGCACUAUCCAGGGUGCUGUUGAUUUUAUCUUCGGUGCUGGCCAAUCUAUUUAUGAGAAAUGUUCGAUAUCAUUUUUGGGACAAGCUGUGGAUCCAGGUUAUAUCACAGCACAGGGAAGAAGCGGUCCAUAUGAUUCAAACGGGUUUGUGUUCAAGGAAUGCAUUGUGCAUGGCACUGGUUCAACUUUCUUGGGAAGGCCAUGGAGAAGUUAUUCCAGAGUGAUUUUCUACAACUCAAAUCUUACACACAUUGUAGAGCCAGAAGGAUGGAAUGCAUGGGGCAGUGCUGGCUUUGAGAAGCAGUUAACAUUUGUGGAGCAUGGCUGCUAUGGACCUGGAGCGGAGACUUCCAAACGAGUGCCAUGGAUGAAGACACUGAACUCAACCGAUUUGGAGCAGUUUACUAACAUUAGUUUCAUUGAUAAUGAAGGCUGGCUCAAUGCACAACCUUUUUAA